UCCCUUCUGCUUCCUCGGUAGAAGCCGGGAAGCACAGGACUGACCAGAAGAAACAGAAAGAACCUCAUCACUUUGACUGACUUUAUCUUCUAUCCGUAGAUAUCACACCAGAGUUGCACUUUUGUCUUUAAUUCCGUUUCUGGACACUUCUUUUCCAUUCAGCCAACUGGGUGAGACAAAGCCCGUCGGAGCCCUGAGCCGCAGAACUCUGCUUAAACGACAGAAUUGACUGCGCUUGCUCCUCCGGCUCUCCCCUGCAAUCUUAACUCCUUGCAGACUUUGCCAUGGGGUGCGGACUUAGGAAGCUGGAAGACCCUGAUGAAAGCAGCCCUGGAAAAAUAUUUUCUACCCUGAAGAGACCGCAAGUGGAAACAAAGACAGAAUUUGCUUAUGAAUACGCACUGCUGGACUUUACUUUACAAGCUUCAACAAAUCCAGACGUCAUCAAGAUAAAUUCAGUCCUGGAUAUAGUUGCCAAAGUGGAAGACUAUUAUCUUAAGGGCUAUGUUGUUGGGGCCAUUCACCCAGUUAUACAACCUGUGGGGCAGCGGAAGCACCUUCCAGCAAGUCACCUGUACAGGGCGGUGCUGUCCCGGCUGAAGCUAAGCCCCAAGCAUUCUGCAGCGGGCGGACAAAGGCGUGCAAGACUUGUGAUGGAGGAGUGUCCACUAACUUGUGAGGCACAAGCAAACGAUGCUGCAAAGGAACUCAUGAACAAGAUUAAUGCCGCUGCUAAAAGAGGGAUGAAGUUUGUUGGGCUGGUCUCCCAAUGCCACUUGCCAUCUAUGCACUGUAAUGGAGCCAGCCACGAUGGAGUUGCAGAGUCGGGGCUACAUAUGAGACAAGGUUCACAAGACAACUGCAAAGGCUGGAACGAAGGAGCCCUUGGUGGACACUUGUCGGAAAGUGGAGUGGAGGAGGAGCCUCAACAUGAAAGUGGACAGCAUCAGACAGAGAGGAACAGCAGCCCCAGCUAUGCUAACCCAAAACGGGGAGAAGCCCCAGAUGGUAAGCUGUACAUGGUCUUCAAUGCUUUUGAGGAGGAUGCAGCCAGCUGGGCCUAUCAGGAAGGUGUUCUGUCCAUGAAAGUGACGCGGAAGGGAGCUGUCAUCAGCGCGCUGGAUGCCAACUGGCUAGAACUAACGACAUUUUACUAUAAGCAAGGCUUCUCUUUAAUUGACUCUUUUGUGUGCUGGGAGACACCUAAAGGGCUCCCCUUUGAUUGUGUGUGGAUUCUCUUCCUUUCAAGAUACUUAAAGAAGUACAGACGGUUGAUAAAGUCAAAAGGGGACCAGUUACCUAAAUCUUUGGAAGGCUUUUUUAUCUACGAAGAAGAAGGAUCUGGAGUCCCAGGUUCUAACAGGAGAGGAAACGACGCCAUUGUGGUGGAGCAGUGGACAGUCAUUGAGGGCUGUGAAAUUAAAACAGAUUACGGCCCCCUGCUGCACACCCUGGCAGAGUUUGGAUGGCUUCUGACAAGUGUGUUGCCUACCCCGAUAUUGAGACAUGACAGUGAAGGGAAUUUGGCUACCAAGCAAGUCGUGUUUCUCCAAAGGCCAGUUACGUGGAAUUCAGCUGCUCAAACCCCAGAAAGGAAAGGCAGCCGGCUGCUGAAGGGUGAAGACAGAAACAAGGUCAGCAACAGGAGCCUAGGCCUGGACACAAAUGCAUCCCAAGCCGCAGGAGGCCAAGCUCCUCUUGAGGAGAGCUCGCUCUCUCCAUCCAGAGAGUGCUGGACCAAGGAAGAGCAGCCCGCACAGAGCGACAGCUUCUCUGGGUUCAGUAGCAGCGACAGUGUCCUCCGGGAACUCGAUGACGGACAGUUUGACCAAGAAGAGGGCGUGACACAAGUCACUUGCAUGCUCAGCCUUCCCCUAAUCUAUGUAAACUUUGGCUUAACCUCUGAGACAAGGAAGAAUAACCAACUAUUUAUCAGUCUAAAAGCUUUCUUACAUUUCACUCAGCUAACACAUCUGUAUAAACAGAUGUCUCCUCUGGCCAUCAAGGAACAACCUGGAUCACUUCCCCACAAAGGGACAAAAGUCAGUAUUUCUCAUCAGGCCUAUUAAAAAGGCCGACUGUCGGGCUGGUGAGAUGGCUCAGUGGGUAAGAGCACCCGACUGCUCUUCCGAAGGUCCAGAGUUCAAA